AUGAAUGAAGAAACACAUUUACUUACUUCAUCAUUUAAUCAACAAGAAGUGGGUAAUGAACACCCAACCCAUCCCCACCCUCAUCCUCAUGCAAAUACAAAACGACUAUUGACAUCAUUACACACAUCGAUGAUAUCUCUUGGUGGAAUUAUUGGUACUGGAUUAUUCAUUGGAGUUAGAAUCACUCUUUUAAAUGGUCCCAUAAUAUCAUUAAUGUCAUAUUUAUAUAUUAGUUUGAUAUGUUUUUAUAUUAUUCAAGCAGUGGGGGAAAUGUCGUGUUAUAUGCCAUUAAAUGGAUCAUUAUGUCAAUUUCAAUUUAUUUAUAUAUCUAAUCCAAUUGGAAUAAUUAAUAAUUUUAUUUAUUGGAUAAGUUGGUCAAUUACAUUAGCUUUAGAAUUGAGUUUAAUUUAUAAUAUGUUGAAAUAUUGGCAAUGGCAAUGGUUAGAUAUUAUAGGUGAAACUUGGAUGAUUUUUAUAAUUUGGACAAUAUUGACAAUUUGUAAUUUAUUCCCAGUUAAUAAUUAUGGGAAUAUUGAAUUUAUAAUCACUAUAUUUAAAAUUUUUUUCAUGAUGGGAUGGAUUGUCAUUAGUAUUAGUUUAAUAAUGAAUAAUGGAUCUGGAUCUGGAUUCAAAUAUUGGAAUAAAGAUUUGAUUUGGGGUAUUGAUUAUAUUAAAGUGAUUGAAAAUCCUGUUGGGUCAAAAUUAAUUAAUAUCUUGUCAUCAUUAAUAUCAUCAUGUUUUACAUUCCAAUCAAUUGAAUCGGUAGCGAUUUGUUCUGGUGAAAUUAUUGAUGUUCAUAAAAAUUUACCACGAGCAAUUAAAUAUGUUGUUCUGAGAAUUGUGAUAUUCUAUAUAUUGACAUUGUUCUUAUUGACUUUAAUGAUUCCAAGUAAUGAUCCACGCUUAGUUUCUAGUGGUGAAGGUGACAACGACAUGUUCUCAUCGCCAUUUUUAAUUGGAUUGAUCAAUAUGGGUAUGAGUUCAAGUUCAUUUUUACUUGGUUUUUUCAAUUUCAUUAUAUUAAUAUCAAUGGUAUCAGCAGCUAAUUCAAAUAUUUAUUUUGGUUCAAGAUGCUUAUUAUCAAUGGUGGAAGAAGGAUAUUUCCCAGUCAUGUUUGGGGAAACUACCAAAAGUGGAGUUCCAUUAAAUGCUAUAUUGUUAACAUCAUCAAUUGGGUUGAUUUCUUUAUUGUCUAAAUUCAAAUCAAUUGAUAUUUUUUAUAAAUUGUUGAUUAAUUUAUCUUCAACUUCAGGGUUGAUCAUGUGGUUAUUUAUUCUGAUAAGUUAUUUACAAUUCAGGAAGGCAUUGGCAUUUAAUUCAAUUGUUUAUGAAAAUUUGGCAUACACGGCGAUACAUAGAUUCCCUAUGAUUAAAUUUAGCUAUAUUACUAUUGUUAGUAUAGUGACAAUUAUUAUUGGUAAUGGUAUCGUUAAUAUUUGGGAAUUUAGUUGGGACCUGUUUAUUAGUUGUUAUUUGACACUGAUUAUAUUGAUAGUUGGUAGUGUUUGGUUGAGUAUGAUUUGGAAACAACCCAUUUUGAAGAAGGUUGAAGAUAUAGAUAUAUUCACCGAUCAAUCGGUACAUGCAUUCAAAUAG